AAGAAAGGGGAAAAUGGUGAGGAGUGGGGGACAAGCGCAUAUUGUUUUAAGAAGGUCAAAAUAGUAAUUCGGCGUACUCCGGUGUGCUUUUCGCUCUCUACGCCGACAUAAAAAACCACACCAAAAUUCCCAAUUCUGGGUGGAGAUCCUCCGUGUAAAUUAGGCUGAUGGAGACAUUAGCGGCGAUCCGGUGGUGCGUCCCCACGCUGAUUCUCGUGGUCGCCCUCCUCAUUCAGCCGUCCGUUUCGAUCUACUGUGAGGAGGACGACUGUUACGAUCUCCUAGGAGUAACUCAGACUGCCAAUAGCUCCGAGAUUAAGAAAGCAUACUACAAGCUGUCUCUUAAACAUCACCCGGAUAAAAAUCCCGAUCCAGAAUCGAAGAAGUUGUUUGUGAAAGUUGCUAAUGCGUACGAGAUUUUGAAAGACGAAGCCACAAGGGAGCAGUAUGAUUAUGCAAUUGCACAUCCAGAGGAGGUAUUCUACAACACAGCACGGUAUUACCAUGCUUACUAUGGCCAUAAGACAGAUACUCGUGCUGUCCUCGUGGGUCUUAUUCUGGUGGUCUCGGGAUUUCAGUAUUUGAACCAGUGGACAAGAUAUAAUCAGGCUAUUGAUAUGGUGAAGAAGACUCCUGCUUACAAAAAUAAGCUAAAGGCCUUAGAACUUGAACGUACUGGGGGAGUGACAAAUAAGAAGAAGGGUAACAAGCAGAUAAACAAGAAAAUGGAGGAAGACCUUAGCAAGGAACUUGAACUGGAUAUUAAAGGAGCGGAAAAACCAUCUAUUUGGGAACUUUUUGGCAUUCGUUUACUUUUGUUACCCUACACUUUGGGAAAGCUGUUAUUAUGGUACGGGUGUUGGUUCUGGCGGUACCAGGUGAAAAAAGCACCAUACUCUUGGGAAGAUGCCUCCUAUCUAACAAGAAGAUCCUUGGGAGUACCUUUCCAGUCGUGGAGAUACGUUGAUGAAUCAAGAAAGGAUGACCUUAUUGAGAGACGUCUAUGGGAGAAACCUAACAUGGAGAGCUACGUAGCUGAGAUGCGGAAAGAAUCAAAGCGCCGAAGAUAAUUUCGAAUGUGUUGGAGAGAAUACAAGUGCAGUUUAUUCUAUUGAUUUUAAUUUAUUCGAUUAGUUGAAAAUUUUGGAUAGAAAUGUUUUGACAGAUAACAAAAACAUAAUCAUACUCCUAUACUGAAGACUAGGGUGGGAAUCCGUUUUCGAGCCCACCAAUCAAUCGACCGAGAAGCUUUAUCGAUGAUAGUUCCUUAAAAGAUGUAAUAUCAUGAGGCAGACAGACACCAAAGAUAUCACUAUAUUUAUGAGAAUUUGCUGAUAUCAAGCUUAUGUUACAAUUCA